AUGGCGGGCAAGUCCAUCCUCUCCGUCAACGCCGGAUCCUCCUCCGUCAAGAUCACCUUCUAUACCUUCGAGAAGACCCCCAAGGAGAUCGCCGCCGCCCAGAUCUCCGGCAUCACAGCCCCGCCUGCGAAGCUGCAGUACAGCAGCGGCUCGGCCCAGCACAAGGAGGAGCUGAAGGAAAGCCUCAGCACCCCGCAAGACGCCUUCAAGUGCCUCCUGCAGCGCUGCUUCUCCGAUCCCGAGCUCUCCGAAGUCGCCAGCCCGGAUGAUCUGGCCUACAUCUGCCACCGGGUGGUCCACGGAGGCGAUUAUCAGUCCUCGGUGGUGAUCACCAACGAGACAUACCACCAUCUGGAGAAGCUGGAGGACCUGGCUCCGCUACAUAACUACUCCGCGUUGGAAAUCAUCCGUCACUGCAGGAAGGAGAUCCCCUCCGUCAAGAGCGUCACCUUCUUCGACUCUGCCUUCCACCAGACCCUUCCCGAGCAUGUCAGGACGUACCCGAUCGACCCGGAGACCGCCAAAGCCAACGGGCUGCGCAAGUACGGCUUCCACGGCAUCAGCUACUCGUUUAUUCUGCGGUCUGUGGCCGAGUUCCUCCAGAAGCCCGUCGAGAAGACCAGCGUGAUCGCGAUGCAUAUUGGCAGUGGGGCUUCUAUCUGCGCGAUCAAGGAGGGCAAAUCAGUUGAUACCACGAUGGGCCUCACACCCUUGGCCGGACUGCCGGGUGCCACUCGAAGCGGUGAUAUUGAUCCCUCACUGGUUUUCCACUACACCAAUGAUGCCGGCAAGCUCAGUCCGGCCAGCACCAAAGAAAUGCACAUCAGCACGGCCGAAGAAAUCCUCAACAAGAAAUCCGGCUGGAAAGCCCUAACCGGCACCACCGACUUCUCGCAAAUAGCGGUCGCGGACCCGCCCACCCCGCAGCACAAACUCGCGUUCGAUAUCGUCGUCGACCGGAUUGCGGGCUACCUGGGGAAUUACUUCGUCAAGCUGGAUGGGAAGGUCGACGCGCUGGUUUUCGCGGGCGGGAUUGGCGAGAAGAGUGGCCUGCUGAGGAAGGCGGUUGUGGAAAAGUGUCGCUGUUUGGGGGUGGGGGUUGAUGGGGGGAGGAAUGAGAGGGGGGCUGGUGGGGAGACAGUGGUGGAUGUUUCACUUUCCGGGGAGGGGGAGGGGAGUGGAAAGACAAGGGUGUUGAUCUGUCAGACGGAUGAACAGUUCGAGAUGGCGUUUGGGUGUGUGAGGAAGUAUGGGGAGGAUUUUGCUGCGGAGUAAGAUGGAUGUCAUCAUGGAUGAUUCAGGCUAUGGUCAG